AUGGGAGCUCCGGACUUCACAUGGCAUGUCUAUCUGCUCUUCAGCCUCCUCUGCAGGUGCAACUUCACAGGAGGCAGCGGGCUGCCAGACAGUGACGAGUGCGCGGAGGGGACCGAUGACUGUCACAUCGAUGCGAUCUGUCAGAAUACCCCGAAAUCCUACAAAUGCAUCUGCAAGCCGGGAUACAAGGGAGAGGGCAAACAAUGUGAAGAUAUCGAUGAAUGUGACAAUGACUACAAUGGCGGAUGUGUUCAUGAAUGUAUUAAUAUACCGGGGAAUUAUAGGUGCACAUGUUAUGAUGGAUUUAUGCUGGCACAUGAUGGACACAAUUGUUUGGAUGUGGAUGAGUGUUUGGAUAAUAAUGGUGGAUGUCAACAAAUUUGCGUUAAUACAAUGGGCAGCUACGAAUGCCUGUGCAAGGACGGCUUCUUCCUCAGUGACAACCAACAUACAUGCAUCCAUCGCUCCAACGAAGGCAUGAACUGCAUGAACAAGGACCAUGGCUGUGCUCAUAUUUGCCGAGAGACGCCGAAAGUGGGAGUAGCUUGCGAGUGUCGCCCGGGCUUUGAACUUGCAAAGAACCAGAGGGACUGUACAUUAACCUGUAACUAUGGAAAUGGAGGCUGUCAGCAUUCCUGCGAUGACACAGACACCGGCCCCGUGUGUGGUUGCCACCAGAAAUACGCUCUUCACUCCGAUGGCAGAACCUGCAUUGAAAAGGAUGAGGCUGCAAUUGAGAGUUCUGAGUACAAUUCCACGUCAGUAACUGAUGUGGACAAGCGGGUGAAACGGCGACUUCUUAUGGAAACAUGUGCCGUAAAUAAUGGAGGAUGUGACCGCACCUGCAAGGAUACAGCCACGGGAGUUCGCUGCAGUUGCCCUGUAGGAUUUACACUGCAGCCCGACCAAAAGACUUGCAAAGAUAUUGACGAAUGCCUGGUCAACAACGGCGGCUGUGACCAUUUCUGUCGUAAUACUGUUGGAAGCUUUGAGUGCAGCUGCCAGAAAGGCUACAAGUUAUUGACUGAUGAGCGAACAUGCCAAGACGUUGACGAGUGCUCCUUUGAGAGGACCUGUGACCACAUCUGCAUCAAUUACCCUGGCAGUUUUGAAUGUGUCUGUCAGAAGGGAUACACACUCUAUGGACUGACACACUGUGGAGACAUUGAUGAAUGCAGCAUUAACAAUGGAAGUUGUGACUCGGGCUGUUUUAACACUCUGGGGAGCUACGACUGUACCUGUCCUUUAGGGAAGAGACUGCACUGGAACAAGAGAGACUGUAUUGAGACAACAAAAUGUGUUCCCAGCUACAAGCCUGCCCCAAGGGCCCAACUGGUGUGUAGUAAAUCAUCAGGGAUUGAUAGCUGCUAUUUAUCCUGCCAAUCCAACACCCUCUUCUUACCAGAGUCGGAGAAUAGCUACACAUUGAGCUGUGGUGUACCAGUGCAGCAAAACAAGUCUAUCCAGAAACGCAAUACAACUAUACUAACUUGUACAGAUUCUGUAGGUCCUCCGAUCACUCAGAAGGCUCGCUUUAAAAUAAAGGAUGCUAAAUGCCACUUGCGGCCACGGAGUAAAGAUAAAAUGAAAGAGUCUACAAAGCAGCCAAUGGCAGAAAUCAUUUCUUUUCACUGUACAGACAGCUGCCAUGUUACAUUUGUGAAUCUCAAAUGUGACUCUUCAAAGAAAAAGAGACGUGGCCGGAAAUCGCCUUCCAAGGAAGUGUCGCAUAUUGUAGCCGAGUUUGAGCUGGAGGUGAAGAGGGAAGAGAUAUCAGAUUCCUGCAAUUCAGACUGCAUACGGAAGAGGGCGGAACAGAAGUUGCAGGCUGCCAUUAAGACCCUGAGGAAGUCCAUAAACAGGCAGCAGUUUUACAUCCAGUUUUUUGGCAUGGAGUAUGAGGUGGCUCUGAAACCAGCGAAGAGCCUGGAGAAUCAGGAGGUGUGCAGCGCCGGGCAGGUCCUGCAGGAUGGGAAAUGCGUGACCUGUGGAUUGGGAACAUACUACAAUGGAGAGAGCAAUCAAUGUGUGCCCUGUCUGCCAGGAACAUAUCAGGACACAGAGGGGCAGCUGUCAUGCGAGCCUUGCCCAAGUAAUGACGGCAUGGGCAUUGCUGGGGCAAGAAAUGUCUCAGAAUGUGGAGGACAGUGUGCUCCCGGACAUUACUCCGUGGAUGGUUUCAAACCUUGCAGGGCUUGUCCGCUGGGAACGUAUCAGCCAGACGUUGGGCGCACAGUCUGUUUCCCAUGUGGCGGUGGACUGGUGACUAAAUAUGAAAGUGCUCUCUCGUUUCAAGACUGUGAGACAAAAGUGCACUGCUCUCCUGGACACUUCUACAAUUCCACUACACACAGAUGUAUCAGAUGUCCUAUUGGAUUCUACCAGCCAGAAUUUGGACAGAAUUACUGUAUCACAUGCCCGGGAAAUACCAGCACCGACUUUGAUGGUUCAACCAAUGUCACACAUUGCAAAAACCAACACUGCGGAGGUGAUUUGGGGGAUUAUACAGGUUACAUCGAGUCUCCCAACUAUCCCGGUGAUUAUCCAGCCCAUGUGGAAUGCAUUUGGAACAUCAACCCCCCUCCAAAAAGAAGAAUACUGAUCGUAGUGCCAGAGAUUUUUCUGCCAAUUGAAGAUGAGUGUGGAGAUGUGCUGGUAAUGAGAAAAAGUGCCUCCCCAACCUCCAUAACAACAUAUGAGACGUGUCAAACGUAUGAGAGGCCAAUUGCGUUCACUUCGCGAUCUCGAAAACUCUGGAUCCAGUUUAAGACCAAUGAAGGAAACAGCGGGAAAGGUUUCCAAGUGCCAUAUGUCACAUAUGAUGAGGAUUACCAGCAAUUAAUAGAAGAUAUUGUUCGAGACGGCAGAUUAUAUGCUUCAGAGAACCAUCAAGAAAUUUUAAAGGACAAGAAGCUGAUCAAGGCUCUGUUUGACGUCUUAGCGCAUCCCCAAAAUUACUUUAAGUACACAGCGCCAGAAACAAAAGAAAUGUUCCCCCGAUCUUUCAUUAAACUGCUUCGUUCAAAAGUGUCCAGAUUUUUACGGCCUUAUAAAUAGUUUAUUUUAACUAGUUGAUUUUGUUUUUUUGCAUUGGUUUUUUUUUUUUUUUCUCCCCGGUCGACCCAACACUUUGUCCCUCCUCGUUGUAGAAACUGUUACAUGUGGAAGACUUUCUUAGUCGUCGUUCUUCCAUUCUUUGGGAGGAAAAAAGGGCUUUUAAGAAAAGUUAUUUUAUGGAUGCCGCUUUAUUUUUAUUUUUUCUUCUUUUGGCUUUGGAAUUAUCCAGAAAAAUAAAACGGCUUCUGUUCUUCCGUACUCUGGAUUGAAGAUUUUCUAAGCUGCGGUAUCAUUUCAUCUAUUAGAUAUGCAUGCUGCCAUGUAAAGAAAAAAAGUAUUCAAACCUU